UGUCCAGUGGCGUGAAUCUCCACAUCUGUCUCGCUGGUUUGCUCCAGUAGAAACACUAAUGGCGACAACGACAAAUGUCCAACUACAGAGUGUUUAAUGCGCUUUUGUAGCGGCAUAUUUUGCAACACGACAACCAACGCAUCAUAUCCGCAUCCUAACAUCUGAGGUCCCAGUGCUUCCCCCGCCCCGCCUCUGUGACCCAGAAACAUUUCCCGCGGGUGGAGAAGCUAAGCACCGGCAUGGCGGACGGAGCAGGAGGCAACAAAAAGGCGCAGAGCUCUCCGAGCAACGCACCAGUCAGUGGGGAAGGCCUGGACAGUCCAUCAGGUUCUCAUGUGGAGUGGUGUAAACAGCUGAUUGCAGCCACCAUCUCCAGUCAGAUUUCAGCUUCAGCACCAGCAGACAUCCACAGAGACAACAGGGAUUCACUGGAUGAAGGGCUUUGUUACCAUGGAGAGACUGACUCUGAGCAUCCCUCCAGUCUUUUGAACCUUCCGGCGUUGAGAUACAGUGCCCAAGUCAAAAUGUUCCAGAAUCAGGUUCCACUGCUCCCAGGGGAGAACAUUCAGAUUGCAAUCCAGGACGUGAUGUACAUUUGUCCAUUCAGUGGUCUCCUCAAUGGAACUAUGACCAUCACAGACUACAAGCUCUACUUCAGCAGCAUGGAAAGGGAGUCUCCAUUUGUACUUGACGUCAACCUGGGAGCCAUCAGCCGCCUGGAGACCAUCAGCAUCCCCAACCAAGGCGAGAACACCAAAGGGCUGGAGCUGGUCUGCAAAGACAUGAGGAGUCCCAGGUUUGCCUACAAGACAGAGACAAGCCAUCCGGAUGUGGUGGACAUGCUGGCCAAACAUGCUUUCCCUCUGUCACACAGCCUGACGUUAUUUGCUUUCCAGUACAAAGAGCAGUUUCCUGUGGACGGCUGGAAGGUAUAUGACCCCGUAGCAGAGUACAGACGUCAGGGUCUCCCCAAUGAGAGCUGGACCAUCAGUAAAGUCAACAGCACCUAUGAGCUGUGUGACACCUACCCCUCCCUGCUGGUCAUUCCCACUAACAUCACUGACGACGACAUUAAGCGAGUGGCUGCCUUCCGAGCCAAGCAUCGCAUUCCGGUGUUAUGCUGGAUCCACCCAGAAUCCCAGGCCACCAUCGUCCGCUGCGGCCAGCCCUUAGUCGGAUCUUCGGACCGCCGUUGCAAAGAGGACGAGCGCUUACUCCAAAUCAUCAUGGAUGCCAACGCUCAGUCCCACAAGCUCAGCAUCUUUGAUGCCCGCCAGUGCAGCGUGGCAGACACCAACAAAGCCAAGGAUGGCGGCUAUGAAAGCGAGAGCUUCUACCCCAGCGUCGAGCUGAACUUCCUGGACAUCCCCAACAUCCACGUGAUGCGUGAAUCUCUGAGGAAGAUGAAGGAUGUGGUGUACCCCACCAUCGACGAAGCCCGCUGGCACUCCAGUAUCUACCAGACUCACUGGCUGGAGUACAUACGGCUUCUGCUAGCCGGUGCAGCCAAAAUAGCCGACAAGCUGGAGUCUGGGAAGACGUCUGUGGUGGUCCACUGCAGUGACGGCUGGGAUCGAACGGCGCAGCUCACCUCUCUGGCCAUGCUCAUGCUGGAUGGAUACUACCGCACGCUCAGAGGCUUCCAGGUUCUGCUGGAGAAGGAGUGGAUCAGUUUUGGCCACAAGUUUGCUGCUCGUGUGGGUCAUGGCGAUGAGGACCAUGCCAACUCUGAGCGCUCGCCUCUCUUCGUUCAGUUCAUUGACUGCGUCUGGCAGAUGACUCGACAGUUCCCAGCAGCCUUUGAGUUCAACGAGCUGUUCUUGGUGACGGUGCUCGACCACCUCUACAGCUGUCUCUUUGGGACCUUUCUGUUUAACAGCGAGCAGGAGCGCAUAGCCAGGGAGGCCCACAUCAGGACAAUAUCACUGUGGUCCUACAUUAACAGCCAGCCAGAGGACUUCAGCAACCCCUUCUAUGUAGACUACCAGCACCACGUUCUUUAUCCUCUGGCCUCCUGCAGACACCUGGAGCUGUGGAGCACCUACUACGCCCGCUGGAACCCCCACAUGAGGCCACAGGUGCCGGUGCAUCAAACCCUAAAGGAUCUGCUCUUUUUGCGGGCAGAACUUCAGCGGAGGGUGGAUGACCUACAGAGGGAGGCUACCACCCGCUCACUGUCCUCCGCCUCUGAACACUCUCCAACACACGGCAUGGGGACACCACUGCACACUGUUGUCUGACUACACACAUAUGCAUGCACUGUAUAUAUGAGGGAGGCUUUGCUUGGGGUUUAAACCACAUUUUUAUGUGUAGAUUUAAAUGAGGGCCUCUUCCAAUCCUCUUGAUCACUGUCACUUUUAAUUCUUUAACUUUAUGUUUAACUUUAACUUGCCCAUAAUUAUAAUUAUAUUAUUUUUUAAAUGUAACUUUGUAUGCCAAACGAGCACAUGAUCUAAAAUGUAAAUAGUAAAAUGUGCAAUUUUUUUUCAUUUCUCUUGUUGUCGUCUUAACACCAUGAACAUUAGUCCUCUUGUAACCCAUAAGAAGCCAUAACACUUUAAAUGUCCUAAAACGGGUCCUGUACAGCUUGGUUGCUUGACACAUUAAGUCCCUAAGUGGUGUACUGUAUAUGAAACAUUUUGGAGUGGUUGUCAUGUGACUAUCCCUUGAAAGGAUUCCCCAUAGUGGCAGCAUCGCAGGUAAGCUAGCUAUUUUCCAAAAAUGUAUUUUUUUUUUUUUAACGCUGAUUUUUAAAAACCAUUUAAUAAUUGUAAUGCUUUAGUAAGUUGUGAAUGUUGCGUUUCAACUGUUCUUAUUUGUUGAAUGACUUCAUAUACAACAAGCUAGAAAAAUAUAUUCCAGCCUUAAAAUGGCAAUGGAAAGCCUGACAUGCCACUAAGCUAAGAACUAUUUCAAUUAGUUUGAAUUAAUUGUAUGUUCUUUGGGCCAGUUCAAAGUACAAUUGUGGUAUUUAGCACAAAAAAAGUAUCAAGUUGAGUAAGUUUCAAGUCAUGUCACGUAUCUUUGACAUUAAAAGGGCUAUUCCUCCUUGGCCCAAAUUACACUUUUUUUUAUUUUUUAUUAACCCAUAAUAUAUAUUUUUUUUUAAAACACCACCGGCUAGCAUAUGUUACCAAUAAUAAUUUCAGAGAACAGAUUGUACAAAAAAGAAAUCUAUAUUCUUAACAAUUACAAAUUAACAGAUUUGUCGUUUAGCCCAAAAAGGGGUGUAGCCACUGUUACCAACUCCUCAGUAAGAAGAGUACCUAUUGGCUGUCCUAGAAGUUGCUGGAUGAUGGAAUUGGCUAAUUUGAAUAUUAUUUGCAUAUGACGUUGAAAGAUGCUGUAGAAAAAAAGCAUAAUCUAGGAGAGCAAAAAAGUAAAAACACCUUAAUUAUGUUUAGAACUAUAAAUAAACUUGAAUGCGUUUCUUAAUUUAAAAUAGGCCAUCACUUCAUCAAAAUAAAUUGUAAUAUUUAGUCUCGGCCAGUGCCUUUCGAAAUCUAGACAGCGUAAUAAUUACAUCCGGAUUUGCCUUCAGCCUCCAUCUCUUAUCUUACAUUUAGGACUACUUGUUUAAGUUAUCACACAUCGUUCUUCCAUCACACUGAAACUGACAGGUAGUGACCGAGUCCCAAUGACGCUUGAGUGUAAUGAGUAGUAAUUUAAUUGGACGACACACAGCCUUGCUAGGCUACCAAAAAAAACAGUCACAUAUUGACACCCUUUUCAUUUGCCUUUAUUCUCUCACCUUUCUCUCCUUUUUUCACUCCAACAUUUUACUAGUUACUAGUUUUACACUUAGUUUCACUCUGCUCUGCCGCAACUGCCGACAGGCAACACAAUCAUUGUUGCUAACAUUUCAGUAAGAAAAUUAGCUAUGGUUGUCCUAUAAAUUGCUAGAUGAUGUCAUUGUCUAAUUUGCAUGUAAUUUCAUUUUGAUGUUGUAAAAUGCUGUAGGAAAAAAGCCUAACCUAGUUGGAGGGACAAAAAAAGUGAGUAAAAACACCUUAAUUACAUUUAGAACUACAAAUAAACUUGGUUCUUUGUUUGCUAAUUUAAAAUUGGCCAUCAUUUAAGCAAAAUAAAAUAAUAUUUUAUCUCGGCCAGCGCCUCUCAAAGUUCUCCCAUUACACGUUGGCCAUUGAGAACUUUUUAAAUGAACACAGUUGAACAGUGAAUAACAGAUUAUGCUGUGUUUAUUCCAUGGCUCACAUUAACAUGACUCACUCUUCUGGUGAAUACUUGUAAUAGCAACUGAGCUUCACAAUAAAUAUAGUCAAUACAGUAGGCUUAUCAAUUACUUACAUUUACCUGAAGAAUUGUAAGAUAAUCCGCUUCAUUUUACAAAUAAAGAGUAGCAAUAGACUAACAAUAAAAUAUAAACACAACCUCCUUUUUUAUUCAGGCUUACUGAAGCUUAAGAAACAUUUGCGUUUUAGAUCUCGUUGUGUAAAACAGGGCCAGCUCGUCCUCCGUGGCUCGCGCAUGCGUGAUUCAUUUGCACUUUCAACGUGUAGAGCUCCACAUUAUCCUCUCAAGGCGGACCUGUCAACAGCAUCCACUACUGCUCAGUGAGAACACAAAAUGCAGAACAAUACCUGCUUUCACUUGUUGGGGAUGUCCCCAAAUACCUGAAAACUCCCCAACAACGGCAGAAAAAGUCGCUGGAUUUGUUGCUAACCGCUUUUGAGAAAGUAUGUCGUCAAGGGUGGGUUGGGAUGUCGCCAGAUCUAGCGACAAAAUCGCCAAGUUGGCAACACUGAACUGCAACUAGGAAGCACGGUGACGGUAGUAGUGGACGCAACCAUAUAAUGUAGCUAUGGAGGGUUUACUUUUGGUCACUGUGGAUAUUUAACUAUUUAACUGCAUUUUACCAAAUGCAAGGGAUUGUUUUACCUAUAUACUGGGGCCCUUGGAAUUGUCGUAACUCUCUCCCCCCCCUUACGGCGCCCCUGCUUGCAUGCUCUGAGAAGGAAGAGAGCGGAAUAUACUUGUAGGACGUUCGAAUGCUCGCACCCCAGUUGCAGUAACAACCAUGACAGAAUGCCAGACAGCACCUUUAAUUAGUUGUUGGACAGUUCUUUUGUACUUUAGCCUGCUUGAACUUGAAAAGGCAGAGAAGAUCAUCAAGGAUGCUUUAUCAUCUCAACUCCAGUAUAUUUUCUGGAGUUUAUUUCACACCUCAACUAUUUACAGAAGCUUGUUAGGUUAACCUUAAAUCAAAAGAGCAAUAGCAUCAAAUUAUUACUUAGUCUCAACAUUGUUUAACACAUUGUUCAAUACUUAUCUUAGAAAUAAUUAUUUCAGUAGUGUCUUUGGUUUUCUACUAAAUACAAUUAUUCUCUGCCCAAUUACCUCAUUUCAUGUCAUAUUAACAUCAGGGUUAUGAAAUCAUUUACAUCAUCAAUGUUCUAUACUGCUUGUCCUCAUUAGGGUCAUGGACAAUAUAGAGUCUCCAGUUAACUUGUAUGUUUUUGUAAUGUGGGAGAAAGUCGGAGUAUCAGCAGAAACCCACAUACGCACGAGGAGAACAUGCUGAAAGCAUAAAUGACUCUUAGGUUUCUUUAUGCCAACACGGUCAUGACCUUCCAUCCAAAUGUGCUGUGUUGUCCCUCCAUCCAUCUUCUAUGCCACUUAUCCUCACUAGGGUCGCAGGUAUGCUGGAGCCUAUCCCAGCUGACUUUGGGCGAGAAAAAACCCAGGUCUUCCCCAUCUCCAGACUGUGACUGUGUGGCCAACAUGCUAACCAUUAGGCCAUCGUGCAGCCUGUGCAACGUUGGAUGUCUUUUUAAACAGUUUUCAUUAUAUAUGAUGAAAACAAUUCCUCAUCUUGUCAAACAACUUAAAAAGAAACCCAACAAGAAUUAAUGUCAGUCUUCCCCAAAGGAUUUAUUUAUUGUACGAGUGCAUACUGCUAGCAUGAAGUGAAAGAUGUUGGAAUAAAGAGAGAACGUGGACACAAAAUGAUGAAAGAUGCAAACAUUUCGUUGUCCAAAUGGAUUGACAAUAUGUACACGUUGUCAUAUUUACACACAGGAAGUAGAUUAGACAGGUGCAAGUAUAGGAAUUGUACCAUUGUGCUGAUAAAAUGUCAUGUUGUGACUUCAAUGGUUUACCAAAUAAUCGCAACAGGAAGUGAGACACAUUAUUUGUAAGGUCGGAGGUGCAUAAAUGCUACACUUUCACUCCAAAUCACUCAUCAAUCAUGUUGUUACAUUCUUUAGUGCCCCAUGUGCAAGCAUGUGAUUCUAAAAGUCACUUAAUCAGCCGUCUUUGGUCAAAUCCAAAUUUGCAGCAAGAGAAGAGGACACAGGCGCUAACAUGAAUUAUGAUUAUCAUUAUGAUUAUGAUGCUAUCAGAGCUCUAAAAUGACAGUAAAUAGCAGAUAAACAGUGAAAGGCAGUCCAGAAAACUAUCUUAGCAAAAGGUAAAAAGUGUAAAAAAGAGA